AUGCAUUCUAUUAGGAACGGCAGUUCAAAUAUAGAGGAUGUCAUAAAUGAAAAGGACACAAAAAAAUGCAGUCUAGGAACCCAGAAAGUGCAGGAAGAAGAGGAUUUCAAUAUUCUCACAUAUUUUGUAUCACAACUUUGUGAUCCUAGCUUGAAACCUUCAUCCUCAGAUGUAGGAGUUAUACUGAUUUCUUGUGAUUCAGGGAAUACACCCCAUGUUCUGCCAGAAAUUAUUUGCAGUUUAAAUGUCGGGGGGCAAGAGAGUGCAGGCACGGGUGGGUAUACGAGCAUACCCGUCAAAUAUUGGUGGCCCGCUGUGGACAGUGCAAUUACCCCGGCUAUCGGUUACCGUUUCAAAACUCUAGCAGAAGGGGUGUAUUUCUAUAUCAACUACGCUAGGACAUGUGGCUUCUCUGUGCCGCAUGGCACCCUAAAACGAGGUCGUGACGGCCAACUAACCUCGCGUUAUUUGUUAUGCAGCCGAGAAGGCGUUAAAGGUGGUGGUCAAAAUCCGCCAAAACCCGUGGUGGGUGGCAGUGGUGGUUCGAUCACUCAACGCAGGAAACGGGUAUCUAACAGGGUUAACUGCAAUGCUCGGAUCUGCAUCAUAAAGGACAAAGGCGUGGGGUUCAUCGUUAGCAUUUUUGUUCCCGAACACACGCACCGCAUGUGCUCUGAACCUUCGAAGCUAUUUAUGCGAAUCAAUCGUAAACUAGAUGUGGCCCAGCAAGCGUUCCUUACAAAUUGUGUUAAAGCUAACGUGGGUGGGUCUAAAGGCUUCCGGUUAUACAAGGAAUCCGUGGGGUCGUAUGCCAACGUUGGUGCAACAGACACGGAGUUCCAUAAUUUCAAACGUGACCUCCAAUCAUACAUCCACGACAAGGACGGAGAGAUGAUCAUUGCAAAAUUUAAACAAAGAUGUGACAUCUGUGAGAACUUUUUCUUUGAUCACUAUCUCGAUGAAGAAAACCAUCUUGCGCGUGUUUUUUGGGCUGACCACACCGGGCGUCAAAGUUUUAUGAGUUUUGGUGAUGUGAUAUCCUUCGAUGCCACGUAUGGUACGAACAGGUACAGUUUGGUGUUCGUACCUUUUACCGGGGUAGACCACCAUAAACGUUGCAUCACAUUCGCUUGCGGGUUGCUAACUCGAGAAGACACUGAGUCAUACGUAUGGGUUCUCGAGAGAUUUAAAGCUGCAAUGGGAAAGAGCCCGUUGUGUGUCGUAACUGAUCAAGACCCGGCUAUGAAGAGUGCUAUUGCACAGAUAUUGCCGGAGUGCCGGCACCGUUACUGCAUGUGGCAUAUCAUGACCAAAGUGAGCGAGAAAUCAGGGGUUGAAUUAUCAAAAGAUCAGACUUUCCGAACCCAGCUUAACAACAUUGUGUGGAAUGAGACCAUUGGCAUUAGUGAUUUUGAAACGCAAUGGCAGUCGUUAAUGGAAAAGUACAACUUAACGGGGCGUCGAUGGUUCAUCAAGUUAUACACAGAACGGGCGUUUUGGAUUCCAUCUUAUUUUUUAGAUUUACCCAUGAGCGGUGUGCUACGUACCACAUCGCAUUCAAAAUCAGAGAACAACGCGUACGGUAAAAGCACACGCCCACGUUGUAGCCUAGUCGAGUUUUAUGUGCAAUACGAGAGCGUCCUGGAAACGCAACGGCACAAACAAUGCAAACUAAAUGCUGAGAGUGAGGGGUCAUUGCCUGAGUUCAAAACUCCUUUAGCAUUGGAGCGACACAUUGCGCAGGUAUUCACCCUAACAGUGUUUUAUGAGCUCCAGCUAGAGAUUGAGGCUGCAUGUUUUUAUUGUAAGGUUGUGGGGAUCCGUGCAGAUGGUGAGUGCAUCCGUUACGACAUUAAAGGGGAGUACAACGUUGUCCACACUGUUGAAUAUAUGCCAUCUUUGACUAUUGCGUCAUGCAGCUGCAAAUUGUUUGAAAGAUUGGGGUUAGUUUGCCGGCAUAUGUUUCUUGUGUUCAAAGAUGCUGAAAUGGCGAGCUUGCCGGCGCGGUACAUUGCAGCACGCUGGUGUAAGCAGGAAGGACUAGCUAAUUGGUGUGCUCAAUGUUCUUACUGCCCCCCUCUAGAAUCUGGGCCUAACCGGUUGUGGACUGAGAUACACAGGUGCACUGCGAUGGUUGGAAGCAAUACAGUGCGCCAAACGCGGAUGCUUCAAGUAAUAGAGGAACUGAGAGACGAGUUUUUGAGCGACGGUAUGAGCGUUAACCCCCCAAAGAGCAAAGGUGUAGCCAUCGCGGCACUUUGUGGUGUGGAGCCGCCGACGUCCAUUACCAUUAAACCUCCAGCUCAAGCAAAAAACAAAGGGACCUGCAAGCGAAUUAAAAGCCAACGGGAGUUAACCAUUGAGAGGAGUGGCAAGGCCUGCAGAAAGUGCGGGGUGUGUGGCGAGUACGCGCAUCAUAACGCUCGCAGCUGUCCGUUGAAGAGAUCAGUGCACCCGGACGGUCCAUUAUAUUAG